CUCUAAUACUUAUACGUUUACCUACCUGCUUGACGGUAAACUAGUAGGUGCGGGUUUCAAAAUUUUUUUGGAACACGUAUGACCUGUUUAUAAGGAAACUUAAAAAGAACGAUCUUAUGACGUUCUUUUCUAUUAUAAUGCUCUUUGGUUCUUUUUAUUUGUCAAAUCAAUAUUAUAUUUCUCCUUAAGUCAAUCAAAAUGUUUAAAAAAACAAGCAUGUGAACAAAAUCUCAGUGUUAUUAUGUACCCAAUUUGAACAAAAUCCACAGAUAUAGUUGGACCUACACAAAAUGAAUAAACUCAUAUAAAAUGGAAAGCUGCCCGAAAGUGAAAAAUCCUUGCAAAAUCUGCUUGCUAGCUGUUACAAACAAAAACGGGUUACAGUGCCAAGGCGCUUGCAGAAAAUGGGCACAUUUUACCUGUUUGAAUUACACCCCUGGGAAAAUUCAAGACAUAAAAUCUGGCAUUAUCACCGUAACAUGUCCCUGUCCUGAUUGCCUGAGUGAGGAGCCUAAGGAAUUCUUGACAAACCCGCCUUACACGUGCACCAACCACCAAUGUCCGGCUAACAAACAGCCUGUUUGCGAAGAAAUCGACUGUCCAACUAAAAGGAAGGCUGCUCUGCAGCCAGUCUCAUCAGAAUCGUGUCCAGGCACCCCUGAUGAUAUUACUCCACCAUCGAGUGCUAGAUUACCUGCAGGUGCAAGAGCACCGCCAUGUGGUUUUCCCAAGCCACUAUGUGGUCCGCAACCAUCGUGCCCACCACAGAAUCCAUGUAGCAUGCCCAAACCGCCAUGUCCACCUCAACCGCCAUUAACCCCACCAGAACCGCCAUGUAUCGUGCCAAAGACACCAUGUUCUACGCCGAAACCCAAGGUACCACGGUUACCAGUCGCGCCGUGUGGCCCAUCACCACCUUGUUCUAAGAACAAGCUACCAAAAGUAUCACCUAUGAAGCCCCCUCCGUGCCCGAUACUGACGCCAUGUCCAAGUAAGGAUGGUAAGAAAGCGUUGAGACCACAGCCGUGCUCCUGUCGAUCUAUGCAACCGCCGAUUAUGCAUCAAUGUCCAUCUGGGAUCAAGCUGCAAAUGAUCCCCUCUUCGGACUCCUCGACUUGUCCCCCAGCGCCGUGCGGGCCGGACGCUCCGUGCGCCUCUUCAGACUCUUCAGUUGCAAUUACUCCACCAGUGAUGAGACCCUGUCCGGUACUGGAAUCUAGACCGGUGAAGAAGACCAAAUCGUGUUCUUGCGCGUCAAAGGAUGGUGAAGAUUCAAAAAUGAGGCUGUUUAAAACAUCGUCGGAAGUACACGUCGCAUCUACGAACAGCGUGUACAUCACCAUGCAAGAGAUGUGCAACACUGUGGGCCAGUUGUCCAGCCAACUGAAGCAGCUUAUGUGCAAGAUGAUGGACACAGUUCCUAAUACAUGAUCUACCUAUUGUC